AUGACGCUUGAUGGGCAGUGGAGAAGCAGAAAGGUACCACGGUACCGCUGCAGAAAGCUGUCCUACCCUCCUCACAGGUGGAGUGUGACAGCAAAGAGCGCAGAUGUCUCUAUAGCUCCCCACCUCCGCAUGAGGAAGCCGAGUAAAAGCAGCUGGAAUAGAGAGAUAUUUAAUAUGAUUGUGGAAGUGCCUCGUUGGACAAAUGCAAAAAUGGAGAUUGCCACUGAGGAGCCGUUGAAUCCCAUUAAACAAGAUAUAAAGAAAGGCAAGCUUCGAUAUGUGGCAAAUAUCUUUCCUCACAAGGGUUAUAUAUGGAAUUAUGGUGCCCUCCCACAGACCUGGGAAGAUCCAAACCAUACAGAUGACAAUACAGGAUGUUGUGGAGAUAACGAUCCCAUUGAUGUUUGUGAAAUAGGUUCAAAGAUUCGUUCUUCUGGUGAGGUGGUUCAGGUGAAGGUCUUGGGUGUUUUAGCUCUUGUUGAUGAAGGAGAGACAGAUUGGAAGAUAAUUGCUAUCAGUGUGGAUGACCCAGAAGCUCAGAAAAUCCACGAUAUUGAUGAUGUCAAGAAGCACAAACCAGGUUACCUUGAGGCUACAGUUGACUGGUUCCGAUUAUAUAAAGUUCCUGAUGGAAAACCGGAAAAUCAGUUUGCUUUUAAUGGAGAAUUUAAAGACAAGGAUUUUGCUGUUGAAAUUAUUAAAUCCACCCAUGAAUACUGGAAAGCUUUGCUUCAUAAAAAAGCUGAUGGAGGUACUAUUAAGUGUACAAAUGUUCUGGUGAAUGGCAGCCCAUUUUGUUGCAGUGAGGAGGUUGCCCGAUCGAUUGUGCAGUCGGCACCAGUGCCUGUGAAUGGAGAUCCAGUUUCCCCAGAAGUUGAUUCCUGGCACUUUUUCCCCAAGUGAUCGUCAAAGUGUUCUGAAGCUGCAUCAUCAAAUCUUAAAGUCAUCUGUUUUUUGAAGACAGGCAAAAGCACUAAUUGUUGGGUUCCUGUUGAAACAACUUUUCAACUUGUGUAAACCUUCUCUCGUGUAAAUAAACUCUGACAUUAUGAAAUGAA